AUGAUUUACUUUAACACAUUGAACAUUUUGAAAGCCGUAGUUUUGGUGAAUUUCCUGACUGGAGUAUUCUGCAAAUGUGCCGUAAUAUCAAUAAAAAGUGGCGACGACGCACCAUCUAUAGAAGUUGAUGAUUGUGGCUACUACAAAACAAUCGCAAACAGAAUGGGGAACAUUAGCGUUUUUAAAGACAUCAUCUGCAGUAACAAAACACUUUUGAAUGAAGAUGUUAACAGGAUACCAAAGGAUAUUAUUCAAACUAGGUGUUCGACUGAGGCCACUGAUUCCAACAAAUGUGAAAAUAAUUAUUUCGAGAUUCCAGUUAUUAGAUUGCUGAAUGGAAAGUGGUCGUGGGUGUUGGAACUAAUUCCAGUCGGAUGUUCAGAGAAAAAGUAG